GUUCAUGAGUGAAAUUGACCAAGGAGUGGAGUGAGUUGGUCAGCCCAAACCAAAAUCAAAGUUUCAUUUUAUAGCGCCGAACGAGAGAAUCUUCCUUCGCGUUAAUGGAAGCAGAGCGAGACAUGGUGACACCAGGAGAAGUAAUAGGUAAAACCCACGACGUCAAAGCCGGAAGAGGAACCUACACAUCAACUCACAAUAACACAGUCUACGCUUCUUUAACUGGUUUCCGUCACACCAUACCUCCUGCUUCGGACUCUCCUGACCAGAGACCCAUUGUUGAAGUCACUGGUCAUAAAGCUCAUGGACCUGUUCCUGAACCUGGAUCUGUCGUUAUUGUUAGGGUUACUAAAGUGAUGACUAAAAUUGCUGAAGCUGAUAUUAUGUGUGUUGGUCAGAAGUCUGUUCGUGAAAAAUUUACUGGCGUAAUUAGGCAACAAGAUGUUAGGGCAACUGAGAUUGAUAAAGUAGACAUGCACUUGUCUUUUCGUCCUGGUGACAUUGUUAAAGCUCUUGUGCUUUCCCUUGGAAAUGCACGGGCUUACUUUCUGACAACUGCAAAGAAUGAGCUUGGCGUUGUUUCGGCAGAAAGCACUGCUGGUGCAACUUUGGUUCCAAUAAGUUGGACUGAGAUGCAGUGUCCACUAUCUGGUCAAAUUGAACAAAGAAAGGUUGCAAAGGUUGCAAGCUGACAACAUAACUAAAGAUCAAGCUGGAAUCUGUUAUCCCCUUGGGCGGCUGAGAAGGUCUUUGUAGUUGUAGAAAUCUACUAACAUGCCUUGUUAGAGUGAGAAAUUAUAUCUAAGCAAUUUUGUAGCCAUACAAGAACACAUGCUUGUAUUUUUAUUUUUUUUUUAAAUUGCAAUUUGUUUUACAAAGUUACGAAAUAACUACAAACGAAAUAGCAUCGGGGCAUGAUUUGAUUUCAGUCAUGUGAUCAUGAUUUCAUUUUUCAAUUCUCCAUUAAUGUCACACACGCUAAUAUUGUUU